GGCUGUGAUGACCCAAGAUUUUUAUUAAUCUCCUCUCUGUCUCUGACCAAGCUCUGCUUCCCUUUUUGCAGAGGCAUCAACAACAAAGCUCUUCCCCCAUCUCCAAACCUCAUACUACUCAUUCACUUAUUUCUCCCACAACUUUCCCUCAAAACAUUCAAGUUUUCUAUUGCAGAAAUUCUUUUGAGUAAUUUCCCUUCCUCUUUGAGAUUUCAGAGCAACGACAGUUAAAUUUUCCAUUUUUCUUCUAGUUUUGUGGCCACAUAGAAAAACACACCCAUCCAAGUCUGUAUGGUAUGGACCAAUGAGUUCAAGUUUGUAGAAUCAAAACAGGAAACAAAUUUCUGGGUCUGUUUUUGCUUCAAGUGAGGGUUGUGGAUUUUAGUAGAGUAGAGAUCAUUGGGGUUAGGAAUCUGGAGAUUGCAAUGGCAGAGUUCUUGGGAUUAGAGCAAUAGCAGCAGCAGCAGCAGGUGUAGCACAGUAUCAGGGUUGUGACAGUUCUGCAGUAGAAGAGCUACAAGCAACAGCAACAAGAGAUAGAGUAAAAGCAAAGCCAAAGAAAAAAGCAGAGGAAAGGAAAGCAGCAAAUUUCAGUAAAAGCAAAAACCAAAAAAAAAAAGGAAAAAGAGAGAUUAGGAAUCUGGAGUUCCAAAAAAAUCAUCUGCAUCCUCCACUCAGACCUAUCCACAAGAUUAAAGACCCAACUCUGCAACAAGAAUCACAGGACCAAAACCUAGAUUCAUUCAAUACCCAUUUCCAUCAUCAUCAACAAUAUCUACAACUUGUCCAAAACCAGUAUCAAACACAUGCUGGGCUCAUAAAUUCCUCAAACCAAACCCAAGAACCCAGCAACCAAAUUACAGAACAUGCAAAACCAAGAGGGAGAAUGGGCAUGAAGAGCGUCGGAGGAGAGAUUGUGCAAGUCCAAGGAGGUCACAUUGUUCGAUCCACCGGCCGGAAAGACCGCCACAGCAAGGUUUACACAGCAAAAGGCCCCAGGGACCGCCGCGUGCGGUUGUCAGCCCACACCGCCAUCCAAUUCUACGAUGUUCAAGACCGGCUGGGCUACGACCGGCCCAGUAAAGCCGUGGAUUGGCUCAUCAAGAAGGCGAAAACCGCCAUUGACAAGCUUGCAGAGCUUCCACCUUGGCACCCAACUGGUGUUGCUGCUAAUGCUACACAAGGUGAAGUUCCAAAUGGGGCUGGAACCAGUGAUAUGGUGAUCUCAGCUGAGCAAUCUGAGUCAUCUGGCUACAAUUUCCAGCUCCAGAGACAAAUUGGGGACAACACAGAUCACAAUGAAUCAAGCUUCAUCCCUCAAUCUCUUGAUUCUGACACCAUAGCUGAUACCAUGAAGUCUUUCUUCCCUACAAGCUCAGCUGCCUCAACCAUCAAUUUCCAGAGCUACCCAUCUGAUAUAAUCUCAAGAACAACUAAUCUGAACCCCAACCAAGACCUUGGCCUCUCUCUCCACUCCUUCCAAGACCAAGGCCUGAUUCACCACACCCAGCAAUCUCAUCAGGACACCACUCACCACAACGAUCAGAUUCAAACCCUCUUCGCAGUGCCGGCCACGGCCGGGUUCGACUCCUCUGCUUAUCAGAGGAUGGUGGCAUGGAACAGCGACAGCAGCCAUGAAAACAGAGGGUUUGUCUUCAACAACAUGCCGGCGUUGCCACUGAUGGGGCAGCAGCAGAGCUCGUCGGCAGCUCCCACUUUUGCUCAGAGGGGUACCCUUCAGUCCAGUUUUACACCAUCGAUUCGUUCUUGGAGCGAUGAAAUUCAAAUGGCUUCACAGAGAACGCAGCAGCACCCAGUUCAUCACUCUUCCAUUUUCGGCACAAGGUUUGCCUCUGAUGGCCUCUCUGUGUUCUGCACUCCGACACGUAUUCACGGUGACGAUGCAGACAACAGCGUCGUUUCGGAUCGCCCAUCUUCUACUUCCUCUCCCAACUCCAACCACCAUUGAUUCGACCAACACCUUCCUUUCCCAAUUGUACCAACUGGGAGGGAUUGGAUUGGAGACAGGAAGAAGAAGAAGAAGAAGGAAGAUUCAAUCGAAUGUUGUACCGAGGGAAGAAAAGUAACUGGUUUGGAUUUCAAACAAACAAACAUUCUUUUCUCUUUUGGUUUUUCUACCUAGUAUUUAAUUCGAUUCCUCUGGUUAUUUUUAUAUUUGAUUUGAUGCGACUUUAUUGUUUAUUAGAGUGGGGUUCCGGUGUUUGCUCAA